CUUUCACGCGGAUGAAAGGCUUCCUACGGGCAGUCUUUAUGUUUUUCCAAGUAUUCUUUUCUUAUUCCUCCAGGCCCGCAAUAUGUUUAGGAAGGGGUCUGGCCGUCCGUCCGCUAUCGUAAAUUAGCUGCCCGAGGACGGGGCAUAUUCGGAGCAAACAUGCUGCCACGGCGCAGCCAACUCAACCAUGUUUUUCCUUAAAACCGCUAGUCACACUGCAUUUCUUCGGCCAUUUUUCCAUCGUGGCAAUUUGCUGGAAAGUAGAGCCGGCAGCGACGACACCGCCUACGACCCCGAAACCAGCACCAUGGUCGGCCUCGAUGCUAAAUUCCAGGAGAGUUCUGCCCGCGAAAUGGACUCUGUUGUUGAUGGCAGGAAAGGUUACGGGGCUGCAAGCGAAGCGGACUCAAAUGCGAACAAGGAUGCCGAAAGUGGUUCCCCGGUAGCUGGCGAGACAACUGCCACACCAGACGGUCCCGACGACGCUGCAAAUCCGUACAACUGGUCGAAGGCGUACAAGCUGACCAACGUGGUGGUCGUCAGCUUGUCUGUGCUCUACACCAGCCCCGCAACCACCAUGUUCGCCCCCGGCGCCCCGAGCAUGCAGCGCGAGUUCGGCUUCAAGAGCAGCACUGUUGAGAUCAUGACCAUUACUAUGGCGUCACUCGGCUUCGCUGUGGGCCAGUUGUUUAUCCCCCCUCUGUCCGAGGUCUUUGGCCGUAUGCCUUUUUACCGUGCGAGCUCCAUCUUUUACCUUGGCUUCACCGCUGGCUGUGCGCGCAGCACCAGCAUCGCCGAGUUUCCCCUCCUCCGGUUAUUGACGAGCUUGUCUGCAGCAUCGUACAUGCUCUUGACGCUGCGCCAAGGCUGGCGCUGUCAUUGUCGCCACCUUUCUGUUCAUGCACGAGACGAAAUCCGUCAACAUGCUCGAGCCAAGGCCGCUCGACUUCGUAAAGAGACGGGAAAUCAAAGUUUGCGCGCUGCUAGUGACAAGAAGACCCCUGUGACGCAGCUCGUGUUGCACGCUAUGAUCCGCCCUAUAACAAUACUAUUCAUUUCGCCUAUUGUCGCACUCAUCGCGCUCUAUACAGCCUUCAACUUUGGCGUCACCAUGCUCCUCUUCGCUACCUUCCCAACUGUCUACGAGGAUACCUACCGUUGCAGCGUCAGUAUUUCCGGCCUGGCAUAUUUCGGCGUCGGCAUUGGCUGUGUUUUUGAUGUCGUCACCUUUGCUAAGCCUAGCGAUCGUCCGUUGAAUACUCAAGGAGGAGCCUACCGCGCCGAACGGCGCUUGAUCAUGAUGAUGUUCGUGUCUCCGCUCUUCCCUAUCGGCCUCUUCAUCUACGGCUGGACUACUGAGAACAAGGUGCAUCCUCCCUUACUAAACCUAUUAGUCUCUAAUCUGUUAGUUAGUUAA